AUGUCCGUUGAUAUAUCCACAUCCACGUCCAUGUUGAUCCCCAACUAUGUGUUCAUCUCCAUCUCUGCCGUUUUGCGCACACAGCCUCUGACGACGCCGGCGCCGACGCCCGCGAGCGCGACGAGCACGCCCACGACGGUGCCCCGCUCCAGGCGCACCGCCGCGCCGGCGCUCUUGCUCGUUGACGCGCCGGACGACGCCGCAGAGGUAGCGGAGGAUGCACCCGACGACGCUGCUGAGGCUGCAGAGGACGCUCCUGACGCGGAAGCUGCAGAGGAUGCACCCGACAAUGCCGCGGAGGCUGCAGAUGAUGCACUCGACAACGCCGUGAAGGUAGCGGAGGAUACAUCCGCCGACGCUGCGGAGGCUGUAGAAGAUACGCUUGACGACGCCGCGGAGGCGGCAGAUGAUGCACUCGACAACGCCGUGAAGGUAGCGGAGGAUACAUCCGCCGACGCCGCGGAGGCUGUAGAAGAUACGCUUGACGACGCCGCGGAGGCGGCGGAGGAUGCACCCCACAACGUAGCGGGGGCUUCAGAGGACGCGCCGGACGACGCGGAGGCGGCAGAGGUCGCGCUCGACGACGCCGCAGAGGCUGCAGAGAAUGCGCCCGACAACCCCGCGGAGGCUGCAGAGAAUGUUCCUGACGAUGCCGUAGGAGACGUGCCUGACGACGCUGCGGAGACUGCAGAGGACACAUCUGACGAUGCCUUGGAGGCUGCAGAGGUCGCAGCAGAGGUCGCGGAGGCGGCACCGGAGGAGGCGGACGCUGUGCAUACAUCAGCCGCGAUGCACUAUGAGAGGAGUGAGCUAUGGGGUAUCGCUCCGAGGAGUGAGGGGCGAGGGGCGGGGGGAGUUAAGGAUGGGGACAAGGGCGUACCGGCAGCACACUCUGCUGAUUGGAGGGCGAGGGCGGCCUGCUGCUCGGCCGUGGUGCACUUGCUCGCGAGGCACUCGGCCGCCGCCUCCUGGAACGCGGUGGACGAGCAUACGCAGGAUAUGUCCGUGCUGGCGGUCGCAGAACGUGGAAGGGGCAACAGCGGGGAACGGGAAAACGCACUAGCUGGAGCAGCUGCUCGAGGAAACGGCGCUCUGGAGGCAGGAGAGGACGCAAGGGUCGAUGCCGCUGGUCUGGGCGGCGGCGGCGCCAAGGAGGGCGGCGAGGACAAGCGUCCUGACGAGCAUCGUGUUUUGUUUUCAAGAAGACGCCGUGUGUCCACAGCGGGAUUAUCGCCCGCCCAAACGGACAUGUGGCUGGAUCCACAUCCACACCCACGCUGUUGUCGUCCGACCGUAAAACGCACACGCGAUCCAGACCUGCCCCUGGAUAGGGACAGAGUGUGUGCAUCGCCUCUCCGGCAAUCGCGUCGGGCGCAAAUACUCUUCCUGAUGACUCUCACCAUCACCUUCGGUGCCAAAUUCAGGUCUGACAAGGCAUCCACGACCAUCUUCCGUAGCCGGCCUGGGGCCUGCACGUCUCGCGUGCUGCAAAACCACCGUCAGAACUUUACAUACAUACGAAACAUGGCUGACAUCGGGCACGCCCUCUCGCCGACAAUGUUGAAUGCUGGAGCAGUUGUCUGCUUUCAUGCUGGUCUCUCUCUGAACCUGUAUGGCCCUAUGACGGGUCAAUUGUCCAUCAUCUCGCGACUCGCAAAAGUAGUGCAUAACAAGGAGGUGGAAAGGCCAACACCGAUCGAACGAGCUCGAAAGCUCGGGCGCGCGAGUAGCCGGGGGCCGGAGGCCCCUAUCGUAGUAUAUAACGAUCCCGCGCGAUUACUUCAUUCGCUCUCCGUGUUCAGCACUUUCGCGCUCGAGCUCAAGAAGCGGAGGUAUUACUGCUCAAAUCAUGGCAGCGGCCACCCACGCGCGACGAGCGCGCUCACGACCGUGCCCUGCUUCACACCCAACGUCGUCAGAUCCGCGCCUCUGCUCGACGACGCGACGGAGGUCGCAGAGGGCAUAGUGGCUGAUGCGGCUGACGCGACAAGCCCGGCCGAGGAUGCACAUGGAGAUGCGGCGGAGGUCGCAGAUGCGGCACCAGAGGACUCAGGAGGUAGUCCCAGAGGGUACGCACGAUCACUGGCAAUGGCAGACAACCAUCCAGCGCGCAUGCUGGCGUACGGGGAGCGCAGAGUGGCGAGGAGCACCGGCGCCGCAAUUCUGCAAAUCGAGAUUGCGUGUGGUGCCCUGCUCUCCCGCACAUCUUUGCAAGCCUCGGAGUCGGAGUCGGUAUGGCAAAGAGUGAGUAUGGGUGCCGUAGCAGAGUCCGAACACCCUGUCCCUGCAUAUCUGUACUGCUUCGACCACUCUGCUCGGUGGAAGGGGCUUGUGUGCGGGGCCCUGGUGCCUGUUAACGAACCAACAGCCGAGAAGCGCAUCGCGGGCGUGGACGACGUCGCUUUCUGA